GCCGGCCGGGUGGGCGGAGCGGCCCCCCGAGCGGGGCUGGCGCGUGCGGGGAGGGGGCCGGCAGGGCGGCAGAGCCGGCGCGCGCGCCCGGCUGGGGGCGGAGGGCGGGCGCCCGCGGGCCGGAACAGCCGCGGCUCGGGCGGCGGGCGGCGAGCGAAGCGACUCGAAGCGUGCGGAGGCGGCGAGCGGGGGGUCGGCGCGGCGGCGUUGGCCGGAGGAGCCGGGCGCGAUGGAGCGGAAGAGGUGGGAGUGCCCGGCGCUCCCGCAGGGCUGGGAGAGGGAAGAAGUGCCCAGAAGGUCGGGGCUGUCGGCCGGCCACAGGGAUGUCUUUUACUAUAGCCCCAGCGGCAAGAAGUUCCGCAGCAAGCCGCAGCUGGCGCGCUACCUGGGCGGCUCCGUGGACCUCAGCACCUUCGACUUCCGCACUGGCAAGAUGCUGCUGAGCAAGGUGACCAAGAGCCGCCAGCGUGUGCGCUACGACUCGGCCAACCAGGUCAAGGGUAAGCCCGACCUGAACACGGCGCUACCCGUGCGGCAGACGGCGUCCAUCUUCAAGCAGCCGGUGACCAAGAUCACUAAUCACCCAAGCAACAAGGUCAAGAGCGACCCGCAGAAGGCCGUAGAGCAGCCGCGCCAACUCUUCUGGGAGAAGAAGUUGAGCGGCCUGAAUGCCUUCGACAUCGCGGAGGAGCUGGUGAAGACCAUGGACUUGCCCAAGGGCUUGCAGGGGGUGGGGCCCGGCUGCACGGAUGAGACGCUGCUGUCGGCUAUCGCCAGCGCCCUGCACACCAGCACCCUGCCUGUCACCGGGCAGCUCUCAGCCGCUGUGGAGAAGAAUCCCGGCGUGUGGCUCAACACCACACAGCCCCUGUGCAGGGCCUUCAUGGUGACAGACGAGGACAUCCGGAAGCAGGAGGAGCUGGUGCAGCAGGUGCGGAAGCGGCUGGAAGAGGCGCUCAUGGCUGACAUGCUGGCCCAUGUGGAGGAGCUGGCCCGUGAUGGGGAGGCCCCGCUGGACAAGGCCUGCGGCGAUGAGGAUGAGGAGGAGGACGACGACGACGAGGAGCCGGAGCCAGACCGGGAGAUGGAGCCUGUGUAG